CUUCACAAUGGAUUUCCGUCCUUAUGUCGAGGACACGAGUGCUAGCGCUCCCGAGCAACCCGCACAGGCGGAGUCCAAAACGCAAGUUGACAGUAUAGAUGAGCUUCACCAAGAUGUCGUGUCUCAAUUCCCAUUUCUGAACGGCUACAGUCAUAUUGUCUUCCUCUUUCAGCCGGAUGCCGACACGUCGCGAGAGACUAUCAUUGCCACGGUCCACGCUGCCUUGGCCAAACUCACCGCGCAAGUGCCAUGGCUGGCCGGCCAAGUCUUGCACAAUCCCGGGCCACCAGGAAACUCAGGGCACUACAUGUUGGCUCCAUGGCCUUUAAGUGCGCACAAGAACGACAUGGUGCGCGUUAAAGACUGUGAGGACCGCAUGCCGCCAAUAGCGCAGAUUGUGCGGGCAGGUGCGCCCAUAUCGAUGCUCGACGCCAAAAUCCUCACGCCAUUUCCCAGUCUUCCCCUGCCGCAUGGCCUGGAGCCGCCGCUGCCGGUGAUGUUGCUGCAGGUCAAUUUCUUACAGGGCGGUGUCAUCAUCAACCUUUCCACCCACCACAUGGCCGUCGACGGCAAUGGCAUCGUGCAGAUUAUGCGUCUACUGGCCACUGUGCUCCAAGGCCAGGAGAUAGCCGCCACGGACAAAGAGCAGGCAAACCGCGACCGCCGCCGCGUGGUGCCACUGAUUCCCCGCGGCGAGCCCGUCAAGGAUCACAGCCACCUGCGAGCUCCUCCCGGCCACAUUACAGUCCCUCCAUCGUCGCCUCCGAAAUGGUGCUACUUCAAGCUUCCGGUUUCGGCCCUGCCUACGCUCAAAAAGUUGGCAUCCCCGCCGUCACAGCAGCAGCAGCUGUCGGAAAAUGACGUGAUCUGUGCCUUCUGCUGGCAGCGCAUCACCGCAAUGCGUCUUGCGCGAGGCUUCUCGCCGGACACUAUGACAAAGAUGACGCGGAUCAUUGACGCGCGAGCCGCCCUCGGCGUACCCAUCACGUAUAUGGGACACUUGACCUACUAUGCAGUAGCGCAGCUUCCCAUGCGCCUAGUCGCGUCGCUGCCACUAUCCAGCAUCGCGCAGACGCUGCGCCGCGAGCUCAACGCUGCGAACACGACGUGGGCGAUCCGCAGCUACGCUACCUUCCUCGCGCGCGAGCCAGACAAGUCACGUCUCGUGUAUGCUGGUCUACGCAACCUUGACACCGAUCUGGGGACAACGGCUUUCACUGCGAGCCAGUCGACUAGUCACGAUGAUGGUUCGGCCAUACCGGAAGAUUUCGGACCUGUGCUAGGCCGCCUCAAGUGCACCCGCCGUCCGAAUUGCUCGCCUCUUGUAGGAGGCAUUACUAUUUGCCCAGUCGAGAGCGGCGCAAUCCCCAUUGUUAUGUGUCUGCCUGGCGCUGAUUUAGAGGGAUUGGCAAAGGAUCGUGAGUGGAGGCAGUACACAAGGUACAUCGGUUAA